AUGCAAAAUUCUGCUGUUAGUACUCCAAUAAAACAAAACUCUUUACAACAAUUACCUCCUCCUCCUCCUCCUCCUCCUCCUUCUUCUUCAGCCACAACAGUCCUCGCGUCAGUCACUACAUCAUCCUUCAUCCCUCACGAAAUCUCAACUUGUACAACUCAACAAUUAUUCUCAAACCCUUCAACUUCAAUUUCAAUUUCAACUUCAAAUCUACCAAGAUCUUCAUCUCUCUCUCAACUUGCUUCAUCUCUUGCUUCCUCAUCUUCUCGCCUACUUAACCAUCAUGGAGCUGCCGGGCCCCCACCAGCCCGCAGUAUCCGCUUCCCGCCGGUCGGAUCGCUCAUCACAAAGCCUACCGAGCCGCUAAGAAAUUCACAUCCACAUUCGCAUCCGCAUCCGCAUCUACAAAACUCCACAACAAACAUAUCCUCAAUGACUCAAAUCGAGUCCCAAGUGACCAACGACCUUCCACCUCCACCAUAUGGCACGCGUGCAAGCUUGCCGCACGAUGUGGCCGCAUGGCUCGACAAAAUCAAUGCGACUCUAAGAGAUCUCAAGCCGCACGGAUCUUCUUCAAAUACUACACGAAACAAUCAACCAUCACGCCACGAACACUCAAAUACCAUCCCGACUUCCAAUAGAACAUCAUCACCAGGCCUCAGACUCCAUCACAUCUCACCACCAUCUGUCGACAUGAAUCUAAACAUAUUAUCGCCGCCAGAUGUACUGCAAGUGGGGUCUGGAGAAAACAUUUACAUACCUCCUAAACGUCAAGUCCGACCACUUUCCAAAUCCAGUUCUGCAACCACACUCUCAUCAAUGAACAAGUCCAUGGCCCUGCCGCAGCAUACCCGCAACAAGUCCGAAACAAAGGACUUGAGUCUUGUGGCGGCAAAUUCCGGCACACCGCAAUUUGUGUUCAAGCCGUGGACCCCGUCCACCGCGGAGGGAGGCCCCACCACCGUUAGCGGAAACUCAAAUGGAGCAACAGGUACAGCCUUACAGAAGAAACAAUUGCCGGCCGUACCUGAUGAUUCAACAAACUUCACCACAUCUAAACGGCUGCGACCUUUGGAAGACCCCACUGCAUCUUUGCUUCCGACCGGUCGCAGUUUGAAGCCGAGCCAUUCAACGUGGUCACUAGCUCAUCAAGCAGACGCAGUUGAACUAAGAAUCCAUAUUAAUGCGACACUGGCUGGAAUGUGCACCGCACUGGAGCGCGAACUUUGUGAGCAACGCGAGUGGAUGGCAGCCCAGGAAAAAACGCGAGCUGCCGAGGUUGAAGCACAGGUGGCUCAACAGGUUGCGGAAAAAACUGCAGAACUAAAGGCCCAAACAGUAGCGGCGGCUAGUGCUCGACAGAUGGCAAUCGAGCAGCUACAACAAGACAUGGCGGCAAUAUUUGUAGAAGUACGCGCCCUGAGCGGGCGACAUUCAAGUGGCAGCAGCGGGUCUGCUACCACUACCACUACCACUACCACUCCUCCCACCAUCCCUACCACAAGCGUGUCAACAAGCGAACUCGAAGGUCUUUUGGAAGAAACACGGACCACGGUGCGCCAGCAACGGGAAAAACAAGAUGCACUUGCACAACGGAUUGAUGCGCUGGACGCACAACUAGGGGUCCUGAGUGCAUCUGCACUUGAACAAAAGGCCAGUGCUUCUGAAACCAUUGAAAAGCUGGCGACGCUCACAAAACGUGUUGACGGCACGGAAAAAAGCGUAGCACAAGCGUUGGAACGCGUGGGCGCUGUGGAACAGGCGGUGCGCGCGCAGGACGCACGCGCAGCAGAUCUACAGCGACAACUGGGCGACGUCGCCAACAAUACAAUUCAGCUGGUCGGGUUGCACCAGCGAGCACUUGAGCGGGAAGAAAGGUUGAGGGACCAGCUGUCUGUGAGCACUAAGCCUGGUGGUCGGGUGGACAGUCGUGUUCCGAAUGGUGCCAGAACUCCGCGUUGGGCGUCUGUUGGGUCUGAAACGUCGGCAAGUGAGAUUCUUAACAGACACAUUGAUAGUUUUGAAGAAGGGUUUUCAGUGGCCCUUGAUGAUGAAGAUGACAAUGAUGAGAAUAACAAACAGAUUGAUAUUAGUCUGGCAGAAGGGAUCGGACCAUUGCACAAAUUCAUGGCCAAACCUGGGACCCAACAACAACAACAACAACAACAACAACCGACCUCAACACAAUACUAUUUGUCGGACGAACCCCGAUGCACUCUUCAAAACCUGCGAGUGCCUGCCCAUGCGCGGACCCGUGUAGUGACCCCUCGGGCAGCCAUUGAUCCAUAUUUUCUCCAUUCUCAGGUUAUGCCGACAAUAACACAGCAUCAUGAUUUUGCCAUGGACACAUUGCCGACAAGCUUGCGCACGGGUUCGCCAAUGGUUUUACAGCGGCCCGUGGUAUUGCGUAAUGGGCAUCCGAGCCUCGACAAACCUGGCAUUGAAGUUGUGUGUGGGAGCGGGAGGACCACGGCAAGUGAAGAAAGUUCACAGAGCACGAGUUGCUCCAACGACGAUGACGAUAGCUGGGAAAGCACAACGGCGAGCGAGGACACUCUGGAGGCGGCUGAAGCGGCGGCUGAAGCGGCAGCUGAGUCUGCGGGUAAUGGAGGAUUCGAAGCAAGCUGCAACAGUGAGACUUUGCGCUGUAGUGGUGGUCAUGCAGGCGCAAGUACGAUAAAGUUUAGCGGGAGCGGCAUGUGCGAAGUGGGUCUUGGUACACAACAGUCUUUACCGCAUAACAAUACGCAUCACAACCAUCAUCGCAGAAACCCGAGCAGCGAGUUGCAUCGUCAUGCACAUGUAUAUGGCUACGGGCUAAGUCCCUCAGGGACUUCUGCGGUUUCUUCAACAGCAGUUCUUGAGGAUCCGCGUGAAGAUGAAGAUGAAGAUGAAGAAGAUGUUGGAUCUGAAAAGGGAGGAACGGAAGAGAAGAAAAACCAUAAAGAAGACGAUGGUGCAGGAGAAGAGCACCCACAAGCGUUUUGCAUUUACUAUGGAGGAACUGGAGACGUUUCAGAACAAGACGAUGAGGACGAGACUCAAUCCCAAGAGUCGUCGGGGACAUCCCAAGAUACCAUGAUUCACCAUCGGGCGGUUCUUCGAGAUAGCCACAAUAGCCACAAUAGCAGCAACACAAGCCCCAGCACCAGCAAAAGCCCUGCAAGUAGUUCGCGCAAGAAGCCUGUAUAUCCUAACCGGGUUAUGUUCCGCGCGGAUCUUGAAGCUAGUGUUAGUGGAGAGGAGGUCGGGGAUGACGAUGACGAAACGACACCUACAUUUCGGGGGAUAGAAGAAACAAUAAAAGAGCCGGUAUCGCCGGCACACAGCGUGUGUUUGGGGACCGGGUCUGGGAUGGCAUUGGGGGUUGGCAGUGGACAUUACCAGCAACAACAACAACAACAACAACAACAACAACAACAACAACAACUGCAACAACUGCAGCAAACCCAAAUCCAGGGGUUUGCGCCAGUGAUUGCUCCACGACCCCGGGGCCAUAUGCGUGCGAGGUCGUGGUGUGCUCCAGUGGGACAGUCCCGGGUACAAUUGAGGGGUAUAGACGAAAGAACCGGAGCAGUUGGAAGUGAGAGUCAUAGAGUUGCAGGUCAUACUCGCAACAAGUCACAUUCGCAUGCGUUGACAGGAUCAUUGUCUUAUGGAGUUGGUGCAGGGGCUAUGAGUGGACUAAGCUUGCAACAGGUGCCAGUUCACCAAGUGUCGGUGCACUCAAUGUCCACCCACCUGCUGGCCAGUGCUCAAGCGCAUGCUCAAGCGCAUGCACAAGCACAAGAACCCACACAUGCAUCGGAGAAUGAAUAUUAUCACCACCAUCACCACAACCACCUCCACCACCACGGGUCCACGUCUUGGGGUCAUUUCGAAGGGCCUGAUUUGGGGACUGUUACGGAGGAAUCAGCUGGCGAACUUCUUGGGGAGUUUUGCGAAUACCUUGAUCGAGAGGCCUUGGGAGGUGACGAAAAGUCGAGUGAAAAGGUCUAUGAGAGUCACCAACAUCAUUUGACGAUCAAGUUUGAGCAAGAGCAGGCGCAGUUUCCUCGGCCCCAAGCGUUGCACCAGGCUCACACUCAUGCACUCGUAGUUGGUAAUGGAGGAAGUAAUGGUGGUAGUAUAUCCGGACUGAUGUUUAAUGAGGUAACGGUACUUCCGGAUCAGCAGGGGAAAAAGAAUGUCCGGGCAAGUGUGUACGACCACCGGUUGUACUACCACCCAAAGGUUUUGCAUGAUGACCAUUCACGCAGCCUAAACAACCAACACCACCAUUUAGAGGACCGAUUGUUUGAUGCGUUUUAA